CAGACUCAAACACUCAACGCUACAGACUCAAACAUUCAGAAAUCACAUCAUACACAUUUGUCCCUGCAGCGCCCCUGUCGACCUCGGCGCCAGAACGUCAGUGAUCACGUGUUAUCUACUACGAUUCGCUGAAGUUGGAGAAAAGUUUGACAAACCUGUAGAUCAUCAAGAGAGCCAGAGAUUUGCCGAAGAUCCAGAAAGGCGACAUCGAUUAAGGUUCUUUAUCUCCAGACACACGAUGGAAUCCGUCGCCCAGAAAGUGCUGUCUUCGGGAUUCACUCUUGACUUGGGACCUCUGAAAGAACCGUUGGCAUUCAUUCGUUUGCUAGAAUGGGUGUUCUCCAUAUUUGCCUUUGCUACGACUGGAGGUUAUAGUGGCACAACCAGCAUCAAUGUCCAGUGCCAUGGGAGUCCCAUUCAAGAAAUAAAGGCAGCCUUUAACUACCCAUUCAGGUUGAUGCAGCAUCCCUAUUUUGUUCCUGACUGCAAAAUCAAUCAAACCACCACCACCACUGAGUACUACCUGACUGGAGACCACGCAUCCUCGGCACAGUUUUACGUCUGCAUUGGAGUGUUGGCCUUUCUCUACACCACUGCCACACUAGUCCUGUACCUCGGCUACCAGCACUUGUAUAGAGAAACUAGUCGUGGCCCCACCGUGGACCUGUUGGUGACGGCUGCCUUGACCUUUAUGUGGUUGGCAUCAUCCUCUGCUUGGGCUAAAGGCUUGUCUGAUGUGAAGUCGGCCACCAGCCCUUCAACCAUUCUAAGUUUUUCUAAGGUUUGCAAGGAGAUCGGCAACAAGUGCACCCCAGGUGCUGUGCCUCAUAUGGGCCGACUAAACGCUUCUGUGAUUUUUGGUUUUCUUAACCUCAUCCUGUGGGGCGGCAACUGUUGGUUCAUUUACAAGGAAACCCCAUUCCACAAAACCGCCAACCCGCCUGCAGAUGUGGAGGGGGGAGUCGGGCCAUCGUAACUCACAAGCUUCCACAUUUCACAAUGUAGUGUUAUUAAAUAAGUCAAUUUGGUACUAAUUGUUAGGAAAAAAUAAAGUAGAUUAGAAGCUAUACAUUUCCAAAACUUACUGUUCAUUUUUUGCUAAUUAUUAUUUUUACAUUUAGGGCUCAAAUACCAUAGCCCAGUAUCAUCUCAAACACAUUCAGGAAAGGUACUUAAAAAAAAAUAAAAAAUUAAACUUGAGAUGUUUAUCGUCACAUUAAUAGAGGAAAUUGUAGCAGUCAAAAAAGUAAUUCUCAUAGAUGCUCAGUUUGCAUUUUUUUAAACAUAUUUUUACCCAGGUAUCCAAAACAAAGAGUCCCUUAUCUCAAGUUGUACUGCAGGUGUGGACUGUGCAGCCUUGUUGGCGAUAAAUCAGAACGAAGCAUCACGAAGCAUGUCAACCUCAUCUGCUAACAGUAUUUCUGUACCAUGAAACAUUUCUGCAAUCAGCAUUUUCUUUAAAAAAAGAAGAAGAAAAAAAGACUCAGGGCUUUUGACUGUACAAAAUACAAUAUAGCUAAUAAGUUAUUAAUAUCUGAAGUGCAUUUAUUAUUAACAAGUCCAAACGGUUUAAUCCUAAAACACAAUAGACAUCGAAACAUGAAAACAAUCAUGAUAAAUUCAUGUUAAAUAGUAGUUAAUUGGAAAAUGAAUCCAGUUAAUUGGAAAUUGAAUCCAGUUGCCAUUAUGAGAUUAUUUGUAAUGGGUGAAAGCAAUUUUAUUGCAUUUUAUUUGCGCAAUGUUGUCUCUUAUCUCACUGUGGAAGGCCAAAUUCAAUAUUUUAUCCUAACAGCUGAAUAUUAUGUUGAAUGUAGUGGAUAUAUUCACUCAGAGCAGGUUUGCUCUUUAUGAAUUUUAAAUUUAACCAAGUUGCUUUUGUUGCCUAAACCAAAAUAAGCCAGUUAUGCUUCUUCUAUUACAACUUUUGCUCUUUAUACUACUAGGAGGCGGGGGGGGGGGGGGGGGGGGGGGGGGGGGGGGAGAGGUGUAAAUAGCCAUAUAGCUGCCACGUGACUGUUCUCACCCAGGUGCAGAUAGACUAUUACACUUAUUAGGGGGAAUUUUGGAUCUUUCUCCUGAGUGUUCAUGUUUACAUUUC